UCAACUAGUCAGGUUCGAUCAUCGAUCCAUCCAUCUGUCUUCGUGUCUUUUGUGUAAAAAAUCGAAUAGAAGGAAGCUGUCUACUCCUUCGAUCGAUCUGUCCGAUCGGCCGUGCGCGCGCGCAGUCAGCCGGCUGAACCCAACCAUCGUCUUUCUAUCCGAAUUGUUCUUCGGUGCGCAAAUCCAACUGGCAUCGUAUUCGUAAGAGAAUCCGAGCCGAGUUCUUCACCAAAUCAAGUCGAGUUCUUCUUCGCAGAUAAGAAAGAAAAGACAACGAGAUAUCGAUAGAGGGGCCAUGAGCGACCACUACCAGACGCUGGGGCUGCAGCCCGACGCCAGCAAGACCGACAUACGGAACGCCUACUUCCGCCUCGCCCACCGGUACCACCCGGACCACCACGCCCAGGACGACGCCGCCGCCCGCGCCGCCGCCGACGCCGCGUUCCGCAAGGCCCACGACGCGUACGAGGUGCUCUCCGACGACCGCCGCCGCGCCGAAUACGACCGCACCGUCCGCCCCUCCUCCUCGUCGGCCUCGGGGAACCAACGUGGACAGUACGGCGGCGGCGCCUCCUCGGGCUACACGUACGGCUCGCCGGAUUGGGAGCCAAGGGCUGAGGCGCUCCGGGCCUGCCAGGAAGAGAUGUCGAGAGCACAAAGCCACGAUAGAGAUGCCUACUCGAGUUGGAGUGGUUACCGGAACCGGCAGGGACAAUACUCCUCAAGCAGGGGUGGCUACGGACCAUGGCCACGGCCAAUCGCAAGUGGUACCAAGCUCUUCAUGUGCUGUGCCGCCGCCCUUGGAGGAUCUGCACUGCUAUGGUCUAUGUAUAAACGUGAUAAGAAAGCAAAGGGGAGUUAGCACGCAAGGGAAAGACAUCUACACCCUUCGUUGCUAUAUGUAAUGCCACUAUCCAAAAAUAUAUUUUGACAAUAUGUAAGGUCACUAACACCCGGCUCCCUUCCGAUCGGCUCCAUGCCAAGCCCUAACCAUGCCACAUCCUCGGCGAGUUCACGGGCCUCCUCUUCCACGUUCUCCUCCUCCUCUAGGCACAGGAAUCGAGACCCGAUCGACCUAGUAUGAGGCGCAGAGGAGGCAGGUGGUGACCCUCCGGCGGCCGUGGGAGAUGGGGGCCGUAGUCGCCUCACCCCUCAUUCCGCCCGUCCGACUAUGUCGCCGCCGUUUGAUUUAGCAUGCAUUUGCGCAGUCGUUAGACUAGGCUGCUGCUUCUCGCGCUAGGUUUGGUUCGACAUCCUCUCAUGACUGCGAGCAACCUUUAGACCCCCAGAACAGGAUGACACACUCCUUAGCUGGUGGAGCAAGGCCAAGCAUGCAACACCAAUAGCCCUGUGUAAAGGUCUAGCCUCGAUAGGGCUCCUUACCCAUGGCUCUUAUGGAAACAACGCAACGACUGUGUGUUCAAUGGAGCUGAACCCUCGUUUUAUAAUGUCGUCGCCAAGAUCAUAGACGAAGCUGCCCUCUAGGCAGAGCCGGUGCGCCAGGCCUAUGUGUUCUACUGCCGCCCACCUGGGGUGUUCACUGAGUUGUAAUUUAUGCUUUCAAAACCAUGGCCUCUUAGGAGGAUUGUAACAACAAACUCUUCUCCUUCUAUUCAAUGAAAUGA